AGUAAUAAUUGUACCUUUUCUUUGUUGCUUUAAACCUAGACACUUCCAACGGGAUUGCCAAAAUACCUUCUCUUUUCUAACUCCAUAUAUCACCCUCUUGUUCAUCCUUUAUAUAGAAACAACUUUGGCUUCUUCUUUUUCCCCUUCUCUUGAUAUAUUUUCUUGAAAGUUUGCUCUUUCCUUUAUUUAAAAAGGAGUCUUGAAGACACCCUUUUGGAUUUUGAAGUGAUCUUUGAGUUAUAAAGGGAAUCUUGGAGAUACCUUUUGGUUUUUGAAGAUAUUUUUGAGGGGAAAAAAAGGAGUUUUUAAGAUACCCUUUUUGGAUUUUGAAUUAUUUUUUGAGGUAAAAGAGGAGUCUUGGAGAUACCCUUUGUGAUUUUGAAGUUAUUGUUGCGGGAAAAAAAGGAUUUUUGGUGAUACCCUUUUGGAUUUAGAAGAGAUUUUUGAGUAUACUAAGAAGAAGAAAAAUGGGUAAUUGUGGAAGAAAUGGAGGAGUAAGGCAAUACAUAAGAUCAAAAGUUCCACGUUUGAGAUGGACACCUGAUCUUCAUCAUUGUUUUGUUCAUGCUAUUGAAAAACUUGGUGGCCAAGACAAGGCUACUCCUAAGCUUGUUCUACAGAUGAUGGAUGUGAGAGGACUUACUAUUUCACAUGUGAAAAGCCACCUUCAGAUGUACAGAAGCAUGAAGAAUGAUGUCAACAGGCAAGCAGAGAGAAUGAGCACUCAACAAAGAAAACAUCAGUUCUUAGAAGAUCAUGAUUGUCAUUAUCAAAAACAAGAAGUGGUGUGUGUUGAGCAACAAAAGCUACUGGUUUACCAACAUUAUCCAUCUUUUAGCAGCAGCCCCAUGGAGAGAUCAGAUUCUACACAAUACUUUAACAGUAUUCUACCCACAAAAAGAGCUAGAAUAGAGGUGUGCAGCAACCAGAGAAUACGUGAAGCAGUGUCCAAUCAGUACAACAGUAGAAAUGAUUAUAUAGAGAAAAAUGGUGUAAAAGGAGAGAGGGCUGGUUUCAUAUGGCAACAGAAUAGUGAAACAAACAGACAAACAGCACAUCCAUUGUGCAAUAGUAGUACUACUACUACUCUUUUCUUUAACCCUCUUAAGAGAAGCAAUGAAGUUCAAGAAUCUGAAUUUUUCAAGGUGACAAAGACACAAGAUUCAAAUGCAGGAGGAGGCGGAGGAGGAGGAGAAGACAAUGGCGAAUGUGGAUUAUCGUUAUCUCUCUCAUUGCAUCGUCCUUCUACUCAGAGAAGCAAUGCAUCGUCCAUAAUAAGUGAAAUUGGUGAAACAAUUUCUUCAUAUUCAGCAGGCUCCAAUGUGAAUCAACAGAGUGUUAGUGUUAAUCUUAAUCUAUCUAUUGCCUUAUGAGGCUGAAUUAAAAUUCCCCUUUGGUGAAUUUUGCAAUUUAUUAGUCUACAUAGAGGGGGUGAAUUUUUACUUUUUUUACUGUAGUAUUUCUCUUUUUUAUUUGUUGUGGUCCUUUUGGUGUUGGUAUCAGAGAAAUACUUCAGUAACUUAAGUACUCAAGUAUUAUUGUAUUUUAAUUUAUUGUAACUUUUAUGUAACUUCUUUGUCUUUUUAAAGUUAAUUUAGGGUUUCACAUUUGUCUUACUACUUUUUUGUCUUGUUUAUAUUCUUAAAACAUGGUGUUGCAUUGCA